AUGCAGCAUGCGGCCUUCGUUGGCCAGCUCAUUGUCCCCCGUCCUUCUGUGGAUCCAGAAGCUUCCUUGCCGGCAUCCCCGCAGACCUCUCGACUGGCGUCCUCUUCCACACUGUCUCGACCAGCAUCCAGUCCCUCUCUUGUGAGUGCUCCGCCUUCUGUGUCAACAGGUGCCAGGCGGAGUGCAGACGAGAUGCGGGCUUCUCAAAUGGCCAAUGGCACGACGGAGGAGCAAGAGUCAGGCUUUGAGGAGGAGGUUACAGAGGGUCCAGCUCCCAAGAGGUCUCGAAGAAGCAAAGGAGGGAGAGGCGGGCAGGCAUGCAGGGGCGGGCGGGGAGUGAGGGCGCGCAGAAAGGGCAAGCAGGGAGAGUAG